ACGGAAAUAACCGAAGUAUAUCAAGUAAAUUGUUUACAAAUGGCGUCGAAAGUGAGAUGAGCGCAGGCCAGCUAAUUUAUCAGUAUAUUAGGAAAAAUGUCAUCGCAAGUAGAGACUACUGGUGUAAAUAAUGCUGUCGAACAUUUACAAGAGCUAGGUGAUCGGAUGAGACAUGAUUUUGGUUUUAGUGAGACAGAUGUGUGUAAUAUAGAUCAAGUGAUUGAAGCGCUUAAGGAACUGGAAAUAUUACGGUCUGAGGCACACGACAGGUUGGAAGCGGAGACUAUCCGUGCCAGUAUACAGAGACAUACACUGCAGUUUCUACCAGGACGGAUCACCCAGGAAAUCACAGAUGCUAUUAACUCUGCCAAAAAAUCAAAUGCUGAUGCCAUAGAAUACUUGAAGAAUCAAUUAGUAAAAGUCAACAAAAACAUAGUUUACCUCGAGGGUUACCAGAAACAGCUUGAUGAGGAAAAUGCACAACUACAUCCGGAGAGAGAACAAGUUAGACAACAACAUGAGGAGAUCAUCUCACAGCUUAACCAAAGAAUGGCCGAGAAAGCCAGCAUGCAGAUUCACCUGAAUGAGACUAGAGACCAAGUUAGACAGACAAAUCAAGAUAUUGUAGAUUUAGAAGAUGGUAUUCUUCAACUCAAGGAAGAUUUAAUACACGAAAGAGGGGAGGCAAGAUCAGAGAAAAGACAGUUGAAGAAGGCUGUGGCAAGUACAACAGACAAAACAAAGGAACAAAAACUUUUAAAUGUUGAAAAGAAAAAAGAUUUAGAUGCAUUGCAUGAAAAGUUAGUAGAUAGUGAAGGAAAACUUGAUGCCUUGAGAAAGAGUUUACGUAGAUUUGAGACAUCAAAAGCCAAGCUUGAAGGUCAGGAAAGAGCUUUGACUGCACAAUUACAGAAACAACUCAAACAAAAUGAAGAAUUAAGACAGAAAGGAGCAUCAAUUUUAGCUGAAGACGCUAGAUUACAGAAAGAAUUUAUAGAAAAUGAGAAACAACUAACAAGUAAACUAAAAAGGAUGGAAAAUGAGAUUGUGAGAGAAGAAGAAAAGUUUUAUGAACUUGACUUAGAAAGGGAAGGUUUAGCAGAAGAGUUGGAACAGAUGAUGAUUGUCAGGAGUGAUGAUGCCGAGAGGGUAGCAGACCUUGAUGCUCAGUAA